AUGGAGAUUAAGGAAGAACCCUGCAGAAUAAAAGAUGAAGAUACAGAGGAACAAAUAGAAAAUGAAGAUGGAGAAACAGUUGUUUCACAGACUAAAAAGAAUUUCAUACAGAAACAAGCUGGGAAAACUGGAGUCAAAAGCUCUUUCACCUGCUCUGAGUGUGGAAAGAGUUACACACAGAAAGGACACCUAAACAUACACAUGAGAAUUCACACUGGAGAAAAACCAUUUACUUGCUCUCAGUGUGGAAAGUGUUUCAUACAUAAAGGAUACCUAAAUGAACACAUGAGGAUUCACACUGGAGAAAGACCGUUUACAUGCUCUCAAUGUGGAAAGAGUUUCGCUCAGAAAAGCGUUCUCAACAAUCAUCUGCGCACUCACUCUGGAGUGAGAUCAUUCAGCUGUGAUCAGUGUGAUAAAACAUUUGUUGUGGAAUCAAGCUUAAAAAGACACCUUAUAGUUCAUAUGGGUGUGAAGCCUCACGUUUGUACUUUUUGUGGAAAGUCUUUUACACAUCUUAAGUCUUUAAAAGUGCAUGAGAGCAUUCAUACUGGUGUGAGACCUUAUAUGUGCUUUGACUGUGGGAAGACCUUCGCUACAUUAGCCAAAUUAAAAUCACACCAGAGAAUUCAUACCGGAGAGAAACCGUACAAGUGCUCACACUGUGGGAAGAGUUUCACUCAGUCAGGAGACAUGAAAUAUCAUGAGAGAGUUCAUACUGGAGAGAAGCUGCACCAGUGCUCUUCAUGUGGGAAGAGUUUCACCCGAUCAUCUCAUCUACGGACUCAUGAGAAAAUUCAUACAGGUGUGAAACCUUAUAUGUGCUUUGACUGUGGGAAGACUUUUACUACAGCCAACGACUUAAAAACACACCAGAGAGUUCAUACUGGAGAGAAACCGUACAAGUGCUCACACUGUGGAAAGAGUUUCUCUCACUCUUCAUCCUUGAAAACGCAUGACAGAGUUCAUACUGGAGAGAAGCCGCACCAGUGCUCUUCGUGUGGGAGGAGUUUUGCCAAUUUAGAGGAAUUAAUAGUGCACCAGCGUAUUCAUACAGGUGUGAAACCUUAUGUGUGCUCUGACUGUGGAAAGAGCUUUACUACAUCCAGCUACUUAAAAACACACCAGUGAGUUCAUACUGGAGAGAAACCGUACAAGUGCUCACACUGUGGAAAGAGUUUCACUCAGUCAGGAAACCUGAAAGAUCAUGAGAGAAUUCACACUGGAGAGAAACCGUACAAGUGCUCACACUGUGGAAGGAGUUUCGCUCGGUCAGGAAACCUGAAAGAUCAUGAGAGAGUUCAUACUGGAGAGAAGCCGCACCAGUGCUCUUCAUGUGGGAAGAGUUUCACCCAAUCGUCUUCUCUACAGUCUCAUAAGAAAAAGCAUUGCCUGAAGUUGUGUAAGUGAGCAAAGUUCACCUGAUUUUCUUUUUAUCAGGUGAACUGUGGGGAGAUUUUUUUUUUCUUUUCAGUUUUUGCUUAAUAACUAGUCCGGGUCCAUCUUUUGCAAGGUCAUAAUUUUUUUUUUUUUUUGAUUUAACAAAAUCAAAAGCAGGUAUUACUGAUGUAUUUUACAUUGUAAAAUUAUGCAGGUAAAAUGUACUGUACCUGCAGCAAUCUUUUCUUAUUUUUUAAAUGUAAUUAAACAAAUCUACAGAAACACAAAGUGAAGACAGACAUAAACCUUUAGAUGUAAUGCAACUCAUAAAAACUAUAUACAAGUUACAAAAAUAAACAGAAAAGGUGAACAGUCAAAAUGUCUUUUGUUUCUACAGGUUUUUUUUUUUACAAAUACCAACAGAAAGAACAAAAGAACUUCCCCGAAGUUUCUUAAAAAAAAAAAAAAAAUGAAACAAGUAAAAUGAGGAGAAUGUCAAAUAAGGUGCAAAAU